AUGGACUACUUGAGCUGGCUUGCGAAGGGGCCUGCUGUUAGCGAGAUUACAGGCUUUGAAGAGUACAUCAGAAAGGAAAAGGAAGAGUCUAUGCGAAUUAUGAAGAGGCGGCUUAAAAAAGGAAAAGCAUCAGAUAAGCAGACGGCAGAGGACGUUCUAGGUGUAGCGAAUAAGCUAUACGUCCGGGGAGACUUUAUGCCUGCAAUCGAGAAGAUAAAGGAGUCCCUGUCCUACCACAGCACAUUUGACAGUGCGUACUACCUCCUCGGCAUUAUAUACGAAGAGUUGGGCGAUGCAGAGCGGUCUUUUAACGCCUUCCUGAUCGCUGCAAGCAUAAAAAGGACGGACGUGAACCUGUGGAGGAAGCUCCUGCAGUACAAGCAAGAGGAGGGCGACCUAGAGUACCAGCUGUACAUCCUGAAAAGGCUCAAAAAGAUAAAGGAGACUCCGGAGAUUCUCGAGGAGAUUCUGGGGAUAUACGAGCGACAGGGCAACAUAGAGAAGGUUUUGGAGGUGAAGGCUGAAAUGGUUUCCCUCAACAAUUUUCCCCCGGAGUUUAUUGAGGAGGUUCUCUCGCGGAUAAAAAAGCUCCGAAAUUCAGCAAAAAUUGUCGACACAGUGAGCCGGAUACUCGACAGAGACAAGCCAUUCUCGACAGUGUCGGACACUUUUCUGAUAGGAUAUGUGGACAUUCUCUUUUCUCUGUGCAAGUACGACCUUAUUUCUCAGCUGAAUAACUCUCUGGCGUACUGCAGGAGGCUUCUCAUGUGCACGCGCACGGAGAUAAUCCUGUUCUUCUCGAGCGUAAUCUCGGAGAUAUCGACUCGCUGUUCUGUGUGCCCUUCUCUGUGCACGUGCAAGGAAACAGCUGAAAUUGACACGGCCCAAAACAUCGUUAUACACGCGGGAAAAAAGUCUGCUGUUGUGAGUGUUCCUGUACGGGUUCCUGCAAUAACGGAUUUGCUCCAUCUUCCGCUGGCAGGGUGCUUUUUGGACACUCUCAUUCGGAUGCGGAAGUACAAAGUCGCGCUGAAAAUCCUCGAGUGGACGGACGCUGCCGUGAAGUGGUUUCUCUCCGGGAGUGCAUCCUCCGCGUACUCCGAGGAGAUGCAGGGCCUGCUCGUUGCAGAGGUUUUUUCCGUUAAGAGGAAAGUCGCACUCGUGCACGAGAAGAUGCGGGAGUACCACAAGAGCAUCCUUGCGUACAAAGAGAUUCUCUCGCACAGGGACAGGAUUCCGUACGUGCAAAGCAUCCAGGGAGAAGUCCACAUGCGGAUAUCUGAAAUAUACAGGAAGACCGGAAACAUCGACCUGGCGCUAGAGUAUGCGCUGCAGAUAGAGAGCUCUCAGGUGUGCUCGGGCAUAGAAAAGUCCGGCCUUGUCUUCUACAGGGCGGCAGACUGCAUGCAGAACCGGUCGAUCAUGUACAAGGCGAUGCACGUGUACGAGACCGAGAAAAUACUCCGAGAAAGUGCCGUGAGAAAGUACUUCGUCCAGUCGGCGCAGGAACUUGUCGUAUUUCUCCUGCAGAAUCCGUUCAUAUUCUACAGGAGGAAGGUGCGGAAGGAGGAAAACGGGGAAACUGGAUCCCUCGUGAACGUCCGGGAAAUAGAGGCAGACUACGCCCUGCUCCAGGAAAUAACUGGGCUUGGGAAGGUUUUGUCGGACUUCCCCGAGGGAGAGUCCAGCACAAAAAGCGUCUACUACGACGGACUCGCCUCUCUCCUCGGGGGAAUAUCCGUGCAGGAGUGGUGCGGGAUUGUGCAAAAGUACGUUACUGCGCUUUUUUGCGAGGAACAGUUUGAGACGGGGAUGCUCCUUCUUAGAAAAGUCCUCACUUCCCAGAUCCUGCGCAGCCAGUACGAAGAGUAUACGGCCCUCCUGUGGCUGCUGAUUCGGAUGAGCGUCGAUGCAAGAGAUGCUGAUUCUUUGCACUGGGGGCUCACGCACGCACUGCGGUACUAUGCAAACAGGGAGGGAUUUGACGCCGUCUCUUUCUACUACCUUUCGUACUUUCUCAUUGGGCAGCUGCCGAAGUUCCACAGGAGGAGCCAGUUCUACAAGUUCCAGAAAAACAUCCAGAGAAACCUCCGCAGAAAAGACCCGUCUCGGGACAGCUCUGGGAAUGUUCUCACGCUCACGUGCUUCUCGUACAUGCCCAGCUUCAUCUACGCAAACACUGUGGACAGGCUUAUUCGGGACGUUGAGGGGAGCGUCCUUUCUUCUCUCGACUCUUCUUUGCUCGGGAUAUCCCGGGCAGUUGCACUUUCCUCGCUCUUCCUGUCGCAUGCAUCGAGCAGGAAAGUCACGGACAGGAGCAUGUGCAUAUCCCGGGGGGUGAAGAUCCUGCACAAAUUCACCAGCCUCAUGCAGGAAAUGGAUCCGCCCCACGCAAACAGCGUCUCCAUCCUGUGCGAGGGCGAGUCCGUAGUCUACGCCGUCCGUGGGGAAAUUCUCCCGGGGGCUCCCUGCGAAGAAAGCAACGUCUCCGAGAAGCUUGCAAUUCUCCUGUACAACUCGGGACGCGCAUACCAUCAGUACAAGCUCUACGGACUCGCAGAAAAGGCGUACGCUGAGGCCCUUUUGUACACGAAGAACCAGGAGUUGGUGACUCUCCUGCAGAUAAACAUGCACCUCCUUGGGAAGAAGGUGCGCAUAGAGCCGGUGCAGUAG